AUGCAUUACAUUACAAACGAUGCUCUAUAUGAUGAUGGAGCACUAAUUUACGUGAAAAGUAGAUCGCCAACUUAUUACGUUUGCUCGAAUACAACUGUUAUCAAGCCUCAUGCAUUCAAAUUCUGCAGAGAUGAUAUAAAAACAAUCAUAUUUUGUGGUGGUAAGAUAGAAAAGUUCGAAGGAAGAGCAUUUGCGAAUUGUCAUAAUUUAACAAGUUUAAAUACGGAAAAUUUACAUAAUUUGAAAUCUAUUGGAACACGUUGUUUUUCAAAUUGCACUAGUCUGACUACACUGAUAAUACCAAGCUCAGUUACUACUAUAUUUAAACGUGCAUUUUCUGGAUGUACUAAGCUAGGGAGUAUUAAAUUCCUCAAAGAUUCACAGUUACGACAAUUAGGUGAGAAGGUUUUUUGUGAUAGUGGUUUGAAAGCUUUUACAAUUCCAGAUAAUUUGAAAUCUUUCUAUGCAUCAGCAUUCUUUGCACGGCCAUUACGGUUCAUAAAUAUUUCAGCUAAUAAUCAUAAUUUCUAUGUAGAAGAUGAUGUUAUUUUCAGUAAAACUAAAACAAUGUUGUUAUAUUUCCCAUAUCUCAAGAAACUUGAUGAAUACGUUGUUUCUAAUGGAGUAAGAAUCUUAGAAAUGCAUUCCAUGAGUUGUAAAGCAUUGAAACGACUUGUUUUACCUCCAUCUCUUGAAUUAAUACAUACUUACGCAUUCAUAGAUUCAUUCAUAGAAAUAAUUAACUUUUCGCAAUGUAAUAAUUUAAGAUUAAUUGGUUCAAGAGCUUUUUCUGGCAGUAGAAUUCAAUUUCUCAAUGUUUCUCACUGUUUAAAUCUUAAGAUGAUUGAUGAUUGUGUAUUCGAAUACUGCAAUUUCCUUAAGUACGUUGAACUUCCUCCUUCAAUUGAAUCAAUAAAACAAAAAUCUUUCUUUAAUUGCACAAGACUCUUAACAAUUUCAUUGAAUUCCAACAUAAGUAAGUUGUCUUAUAUAGGAAAAUACGCUUUUUAUGGUACAGGUAUUCGGAAUUUCACUUUAGGACCAAAUGUUUCAUAUUUCUCUGGAAAAACCUUCUUAAACUGUCAUAAUUUAGCAACAGUUUCGGUUGACAAUCGCAGUGUGAACUUUUCAUCACUAAAUAAUGUAAUUUUCAACAAAAAUUUAACAAAAUUAAUUUAUUAUCCAACAGGACUUAAAAACGAAUCAUAUAAAAUACCAAGUUCUGUUAAAUCAAUACGAAGAUUUGCAUUUGCUGCUAAUAAAUAUAUCACAGAAGUAAUUCUUCCUUCAAAAUUGAGGAAGAUUUGUCAAAACGCAUUUUCAAGGUCAGCAAUCCAUAGAAUAUCAACUCCAAAUAAUCUCAGGAUGAUCCAUAAAAGCGCAUUUAAAGAUUGUAAAAAUUUGACAGUUGCAACAAUAAAUGGAUCAUUUACGCAAUUACCUGAAAAGUGCUUUAAAGGAGAUGUGAAUCUGACUAUUAUAAACCUUCCAAAUUCAUAUGAAUCAAGUCCUCGUUCCGCAUUUGAAAAUUGUACUGAAAUUAAAUGUAUAACUUACCCCAAAGAGAUGAAACAGCAGGCUUUCUUUUCUGGUCUUCCGUGGGGAGCUAUGCAUCAUGAAAACUGUUCUGCUUUUGAAGAUUUCGUUAAGGAGAAGCAUAGAAACUAUUCAAUUUGGCACUCAGACGUUCUUCGGCCUAAGAAGAAAAAGUGA